UCUUCAACCUUCGGCCAUGGCGGUGUGCUCGCAUCGACUGCUGCACUUCCCAUGGCUGUUGCUGAAGCCCUCGAGCCCAAGAACCUCGGCUCUUGCAAACCCAGAUGGGAGCAGACGCGUAGGAAGGCUCUUCCACCGCUGCUCAGCUCAGACCCUGUCUUCCUCGCCGCCUUCGCCGCCGGCUCUCGAAUCCUGCGGCGCCCCGGAAAGGUCGGAGCAGCUGAAAUGGCAGGCCUUUCUGAAGAAGAAGGUGGUGAUGCGGGUCGGGUAUGUGGGCACCAAUUACAGGGGUCUUCAGAUGCAACGAGAUGAGCAUUCGUUGUCUACUGUAGAAGAAGAGUUGGAAAAUGCUAUCUACAAGGCUGGUGGAAUUCUGGAAAGUAACUUUGGGAAUCUGAAUAGAAUUGCCUGGGCCAGAAGUAGCCGGACCGACAAAGGAGUUCAUUCACUGGCGACUACCAUAUCACUCAAGAUGGAAAUUCCUGACGAUGCAUGGAAGGGGGACCCUUAUGGUAUCCAUCUUGCCAGUCAUAUUAAUGCAUAUCUUCCUGAAGAUAUCAGAGUUUUUAGCAUUCUACCUUCAAAAAGGAGAUUUGAUCCAAGACGGGAGUGCAAUAUUCGGAAGUAUUCGUACCUUCUUCCUGCUGAAAUUAUCGGGAUGAAAAGUAAUUGUACCUCCAGCGAAGUUGAUCAUCACAUAUCAGAUUUUAAUGAUAUAUUGAACACUUUUGAGGGAGAGCAUCCUUUUCAUAACUAUACUGUACGUUCCAAGUACAGAAGAAAGUUGCCCAUAAAGAAGUCACGGAAAGACAGGCGUUCAACUAUGGAAGAAAAACCAUUUGAUGCAGCGUCUGCAUCUGAAGAGGAAGAAAGCGAUGAAGCGCUUACAGAGAAUGAACUUGCGAAUAAUUGUGAGGGAACAGAUGAACAUGCUCUCCAGGGAGGCCUUGAUGAAAAUUUAAUUGACUUUUGCCAAAAUCGUAGGAAUGAUCUACGGAGCAGAAGUUCAAAUAAUGUCAUUAAGGCGAGAUGGUUACAUGAACCUGAUCAGAAAGACCGAAUUAGUUCUUCCCAUUUUAGAAAGAUUCUUCACUGCUCCUGCGGCAAAUUGGAGAAUCUGCUUGGGUCAAGUUAUGUUGAGCUCUCCAUUUGGGGAGAGUCUUUCAUGUUGCAUCAGAUCCGCAAAAUGGUGGGGACUGCUGUAGCUGUAAAGCGUGACUUACUUCCUAGAGAUAUUCUCACAUUGUCAUUGGCCAAAUUUUCCCGUGUUGUGCUACCACUUGCUCCAUCUGAGGUAUUGAUACUUAGAGGGAACAAUUAUGUCACGAGAAAGGGACCUAUUGAUGUUUCUAGGCCAGAAUUGAUGGCAUUUGUGGAAUCAGAAGCUGUGUUGAGCACCGUUGACAAAUUUUACAGAUCAGUAAUGUUGCCUCAAGUAGCUAGAUUUCUGGACCCAUCAAGACCCCCUUGGAAGGAAUGGGUUGAGAAAUUGGAUGAGCACACGCCAAUUCCAGUCACACAGUUGGACGAACUCAGGGCCGCUUGGGAUUCCUGGAAGGAAGCUGCAGAGACUCGAAAAGCUGCUGCGUCUGUUGUUAGUCAAUGAUCAGUUGACAUGUAUUACAGUGGGCAUCUUGCAAAUUGUUGAUUGGCUUCACUAACUUUCAGACAAAUUGGUCACAACCAUUUAACAAGACCAUAGCUUCUAUUGCUGCGCUGAGGCACGUCACUGCUGCUUCUUGUAAUGGCAUAUCCGUGUUUUUUGUUCGCUUCAUUUCAGGCCCCCAAGGAAUCUGCAGUGCCUUAUAGUUGGAUACUCAUCCUUGUGGACACAAACUCUCCUCUGCAUAUGUCUCAUUUCGCGGUUGAUGUUUAUUGGAGGAACUGUCCCAAGUAUGGACCGACAAACCUCGCAAAACCGAGCAUUUUACAAGUUAAAUUCGAAGUGACCGCCAUUUGCUGCCAAAAGUUAGAAGAUUGAAGCUUCUGGAUUUGCUGAUUUGUUAUGUUGUGGUUACUGCUCAAGAAGCAUUUGACAUGGUGCCUUAACAGAUGAUUUGGGAGGCUUUUCGAGCAUCCGAAUAGCUAUUAUUUCGUCUUUUGUAAUCAAACGGUAUUUCUGCUUGUACCUUGGUGUCAAGUGUAAACCGCUGAGCAUUGCUUGGAGAGGAAGAAUGUGUGAUGAGUGACACUUGUUUGAAGUACUUGUAAUUUUCUUUUUCACAGUGAUGAUUUGAUUAUCUUCAACAACAACGAAAGGAUGAAUCCA